CUGACAGCCGACGGAAUCGGACGGAUCUGUGAAAACGGAAUAGUGAGAACCCCGCCUUAGUCACCCCACAAUAUGUAGUUAUAUUUAGGUGUAUGAAGUCACCCCAUUUUGAGCCAUUUUUUGACAUGCCUCCACUCAAGUGACAUUUACAGGGGUGUAGGAUAUGUUAAGCACCCCUGAAUCACUCUGAUUGUUCUAGUUAAGCAUGUUUCUGAUUCUUUUCUCUAGUUUUGAUGUUGUGUGUAAUGCAGAUCGUUCCUUCUGGAAGAAGUUUUCCAAGGGGAGUAAAUUUUACGAAAUCUCAAAAACAUGUAUUGUGCUUGUUUUCAAAACAGAAACGUGUCUCAAGAAAACAACAUUCUUAUUCAAAAAUUAUAAGGCAAAAGACAAAUUCUGACACUAAAAUCAUCUAGCUUGUUGCAACUGGCUGUGAGUUAUCAACAUGUCAACUUUUUAUCCACUUUUUGUCUGAACUCGCCCCGUGUCCGAAGUCACCCCGGUUGACAGUACCUUAGUGCCUAGUUAAAAGCCACAGAUUGAGAUUAGUGUGUAUGUAGGCAAAUACAGCAUAUACCCCACUCUGUGUCUGAUGUGAAGUUAUAAUUUAAGAUCUAAAGUAAGAGGUCUUAAUUAAAUGUGCAUCAACAAACACGCUAUCCUUAUUGAAAAGUUUAAUAUUUUUGUAUAGAAUUAUGCAUUGGCAAGAUAUGAAUUAACCCGGUAGCAGUGAUGGGUCAAAUUUGUGGCAUGAUAUAAACCCCCCAAAAUAGAUGAUACAUAAUCUGAUCACAAAUGCUUUGAUAUAUAUUAUGAAAUGGUUUGUGUGAGGGGUGAUUUUUUCUCAUUUUUUUCGCUUGGAGGGACUUUCUUUUUAAUGUAUUCAUACUUUGGAAACUUUUGUGCUCCAGGUGCUUUCGUGGGGCUUCUUGGUGCAGUGGUUAGUACACUCGGCUCACAACCGAGAGAGCCCGGGUUCGAUUCCCAGGUGGAGUGGAAAAAUUUGGGCGGCUUUUCCGAUACCCUACGCCCCUGUCCACCCAGCAGUGAAUGGGUACCAGGUAUUAAUCGGGGGUUGUGUCCCGUCUCCUGGGAUCUGUUCCCUUCUCCUAUAAUUCCUUCCCCUUCUGUCUCUCUCCGGUAUAUGACCACAGAUGUUGCGCCGACUAAACGAAACUUUCCAACUUUCCAACCAGGCGUACACUGACAACCGAUGGACAACCAAAGUAACAGAGUAGCAUCUCAUUGUAGAAGUCAGGGCAAACGGGGAACCAGGAGGAGAGAUGAAAUUCAAACCUUUCUUUACCGGAGUAGGAGGGAGUACACUGACAUUAAAUACUGAAAAGUGGAUGGCGUUAACACAUUGAUUGCGGAUUUCCUACAUGAAGACCUCACCAAGCUACAGGAAUGGAACAAAAAGUGGCUGUUACAGAUCAAUGAAGAAAAACGUAAAGUCCUGCACCUUGGGAGGGGAUAUCCAGUAUACGAAUACCACAUGGAAAACACUCCACUAUCCACCACAGAGGCAGAGAAAGACCUGCGAGUAUAUGUUACCAGGCUACCAGUCAAAGCCAAAUCCAUGCCAAUCGCAGCGGACGGGCCCUUUGACUGCGGUUAACCUACCAGAAGACAUCACCAAGCUACAGGAAUGGAACAAAAAGUCGCUGUUACAAUUCAGUGAAGAAAAAUGUAAAGUCCUGCACCUUGGGAGGGGAUAUCCAGCACACCAAUACCACAUGGAAAACACUCCACUAUCCACCACAGAGGCAGAGAAAGACAUGGGAGUAUAUGUUACCAGGCUACCAGUGAAGGGAUAUCCAGUACACCAAUACCACAUGGGAAACACUCCACUAUCCACCACAGAGGCAGAGAAAGACAUGGGAGUAUAUGUUACCAGGCUACCAGUGAAGGGAUAUCCAGUACACCAAUACCACAUGGGAAACACUCCACUAUCCACCACAGAGGCAGAGAAAGACAUGGGAGUAUAUGUUACCAGGCUACCAGUGAAGGGAUAUCCAGUACACCAAUACCACAUGGGAAACACUCCACUAUCCACCACAGAGGCAGAGAAAGACAUGGGAGUAUAUGUUACCAGGCUACCAGUGAAGGGAUAUCCAGUACACCAAUACCACAUGGGAAACACUCCACUAUCCACCACAGAGGCAGAGAAAGACAUGGGAGUAUAUGUUACCAGGCUACCAGUGAAGGGAUAUCCAGCACACCAAUACCACAUGGGAAACACUCCACUAUCCACCACAGAGGCAGAGAAAGACAUGGGAGUAUAUGUUACCAGGCUACCAGUGAAGGGAUAUCCAGUACACCAAUACCACAUGGGAAACACUCCACUAUCCACCACAGAGGCAGAGAAAGACAUGGGAGUAUAUGUUACCAGGCUACCAGUGAAAGCCAAAUUCAUGCCAAUCGCAGCGGACGGGUUAAGAAAGGCUUUUAUCCCGGAGUCAGGGCAGACCGAGAACCAGGAGGAGAGAGACAAUUAAAACGUACAGUGACAUCCGACAGAGAGGUGUGAUGCAGUGUAGGACGUUGGGGAAGGCCUUCGUAUUCUGUUAAGGUUCAUAUAUAUAUAAGGAGGACAGGUGGAG